UGUUGACCAGAACCGCAUCCAAAUCCAUGGCGGACAUUGGUGGCUUCCGAUACGGCCACGAGCCUAUGGAGCGCGAGGACGCCUUCCUCCCACGAAUCCCGCAGGGCUCCACGCCGGGUGCGUCGGAUCGCUUGGCCUUCCGCCGGAGUCAGCCGGACCGCUUGGCCUUGCUGGAGACCAUCAAGCGCAACAGGCGCCGUCUCCGUGCCAGCGACGAUUACGGUCUGCUGGAGCAACAUGAGGAGGAGCAGAGGACCUACCGGCCGCGGCCUGCGCCCAGCCGUGCCACCCCGCGCUCGCGGGCUCUGGCGCUCGAGCCGCUGCCGCCGCGGGUCCGCCCGCUCGCGCCUAACGCAGAUGGGGCAGUGCUGGAGGACGAGGGCUUCGCCGCACUCGUGGACGACGUGGAUCAGCACGUGGUAUCCCCUUCCGGGUGCAGCCUGAGCUAUUCGGGGGGAGAGGAAGCACGCUGGGUGAGCCAUGCCUUGGAGCAGCUGCCGGCAGCGCAAGGUCAUUGCAGGCAUUGCCAGGCUGAGCUGGAUACAGAGACCAGCUUGCACCGGAAGGGCACCUUCUGCUCCAUGGUAUGUUUCGGGGCCUUCGCGCUGGAGGCCAUGGAGUUCCACCAAGCCUGUCGGCCCUUCCUGGCGCCAAUGAGCGACCUGGGCCUUUUCCUGGAAAAAGCGACCGGGGUGGGGAGGAACGGGAAGCCCACAACCAUCCUUCAGCCUGGCUUCAGAUUCCAUCACCAUUGCACUGUGACCAUCCGGAUCUCAGUUUUUUCGGAGAUCUCCGGCGGUGUGGAUGAGCCAAAGAACGCCGAGCAGCACGGCGUGCGGGAGGAGGAUCUGCCCACACUGCUCGCCGUGCAUGUGGCUGAGGGCAAGCUGAGGGAAGGCGUGACAUCUCUGGACUUCUCCAGGAACAAGCUGACGGAAAGUGGACUGGACUGUCUCCUGAAGAUGUGUUCCUUCAAGUCAUUGCUUGUCGUGAAACUCUACAGGAACGCCCUGACCGAUGCAGCCGCGCCAGCGCUGGCGGCCUUGUGCCACAGCUGCCCGCAGCUCUCCGAAAUGCACCUGUCACACAACUCCUUCACCUCCAUCGGGACCCAGGCCAUCGUGGACGCCGCUCUCUCGGCAGAAAAGCUCCAGGAGUUACCACUCUGGCUGCGGCUUGAGCGCAACAGGGUGGAGCAGCCGCAGCGGUUGCUGGACAGCUGGGGCCGGCGCUCGGUGUGCCGAGUCACCGAGCACUGCCGGCGCCAGUCAUGUUCACUGGGAAAGCGAGUGCACGUUCCCCAUUUCACCAACCAGGAGGCCACACCGGAGUCCAUGCAGCCGUGGCACCGCGUAGAUCCAGCCACCAGCUGGGAUCUUCCUCCUGGGUGCUGGGAUAGCCAGCGCUGCAGCUGGAGCACAUCAGGUUAUGCGCCCUGCGCGAGCCAGGCGCGAUGCACGAAGCGCGAGAAGCCGGCCUUUUCGGCUCCAAGGGACUCGCUUCUCGCUAAGAAUGAUGUAGCGAGAUGGCUUACGCCAGGUGCCGCUGAGCCUUGGGAGAUGGACGAAGGGCUGAAGCACCGAGUCAUGGACAUCGCUGCUGCUUGGGAGCGUGUGCAAGUGCAAGGGGCGCCGGAGGCCAAGUCGGACUCGGAUACGCAGAGCACAGAGGCUGAGGAGGCCAAAGUCAGCCCCCGCAACACUCUGGCGUGGCUGCGGAUGGAUGGCACAACCCGAGCGCAAAUCAUCAAUAUGGUGGAGGAGCCUGAGAUUGACUUCGACUCCGAGGAGAGUGACUGGGACGAGCCGGCGGAGUCCAACCUCGAAGGCACCGAGCUUGAGGCAGAAGAGCCGUCUGAAGAAGCUCUGGUCGAUGAGAGCGCGGUCGCUGCGGCGAUGGAUGCCCAGGAGCCCCGCAUUGUGUACACGGGCACGGGCUUCUUCCUCCUUUUUAAGCCGCCCAAGUGCGUGUGCGAUCCGCACAACACCAGUAUCGGCGUGGGAAGGUUCGUGAACCAGCUGGGCAUCGACGACACAGAUGCGGUACUCAAGAAGCGACUCAUCGAAAUGGGCAGCUUGUUGGGUUCUGCGAGUUCGUCGGGCGAAUCUUCUUCGCUUCCGAAGCGAAGCUCCCAGGCCAUUUGCCACCGCCUAGACUCCCCGACCAGCGGCUUGCUCCUGGUGGGCAACGAGCCUGCGACCUUGGAGGAUUUGCUGCGGCAGCGGAACCAGCGGCGCUGGUGCAAGGACUAUGUGUGCCUCAUGCACGGGUGGCUACCGCCUCGCCAGGUCGAGGGCACUGUGAAGUUCAAGCUACGCACCGAGCGGGAGGGCUACGGAUACAGGACCUUCGUGGACGAAGAUUGGGGCUUGCCCGCCAUCACUCACUAUGCUGCGCUGAGACAUUACAAAUGCAAGCAGAGCGCCAGACCCUUCACCCUGAUGAUGCUGCGCAUCGUCACAGGGCGCACCCACCAGAUCCGGGUGCACAUCAACAAGCUGGGCGUUAUGGCAGGCUUGAAGACCCCCGGCAUCGCCGGGGAUGCCAAGUACCUGGACAGCAUGGCCUUUGCCGCGGACGUGGCGCUCUUUCAACGCGCCUCCCGGGCCAUGGCCAAGGAUGUGGAGCCGCGGCUUUGCCUGCACGCGUGUUCGUUGGGCUUCCGGGUGAGGCUUCCGAGCAGGUCGCACAUCACAGUGAAGUGCGGCCUGCCAAGGGACAUGGCCUCCGUGAUUCGUCACGAGCUGAUUGAGGAGCCGCGCAGCAAUGCUGCGGGCCCGCUGGCAGAAAGCGGAUCUUGGAUCAUCAGGCGAGGACUUGACCACCAGGCUUGGAGCAAAGGUCUCCGAUCGCGUUGUGCGCUGGACCAAGGUUUGCUCCUCACUGCUGGACUUGGACGCCGCCUGCCGCAGGAGCGAGGCACGCACCUUUGCCCAACUGGCUGGGGAGUGGCACGAUGCCUAUGGCGCUUUGGCCAGAUUUCGCGGAGACGUUCUCGAGAUGAUUGA